AUGGCUGGCUACGACCGCCCCGUGAGCUUCUCUCAACGGAGAGGAAGCAUUCUGACCGAGGACUUGGCCCUGAACACCGCCAACGCCCCGAUGAAUGCGAGGCUCGAGAAGCUGCCCCGGCAGCAACGGCAGAUUAGAGGGCCGCCGACCCCAAGCAUGCCCACGCCAGCUGCCGACUUCGACCAGCAGCUCACCGGGUCGCCACCGCCUCCUCCGACGCCUGCGGCCUCCCCAGGCCCUGCCCAUUGCCAGCCGGACUGGAGCGACGCUGCAGAUGAUGAGGACUUCUUCCUCUCCAAGCUGCGGCAGCACUUUAAGAAUUGCUCGGGCCCGCAACGCACGAGGAUCUUGGCCGACAUGCUCAAUCUCUGCACCAGCCAGCAGCUGAGCUUUGUUCACCAAUUUGUCAGCCCUCUGCUGAAGAAGGAUCCGUUCACCAGCUUGCCGGACGAGCUUUGUCUUAGGAUACUGUCAUUCAUCGAUGACCCAAAGGUCCUCGCCCGAGCAUCGCAGGUCUCGAAACGGUGGCGGGACCUCCUGAGCGACGACAUGACCUGGAAGAACCUCUGCGUAAAGCACGACUACGGCCGACGACUAUCAGAAGUCAACGCUCGAUCUCCGAUCAUGCCCAUGCGGUCGACCGCCCACGCUUUCGGCAACCCAGAUACGGAAAUGUCUACGAGCAGUAGCUUCCCCGGCUCCUAUCCCUCGUCCGGCCACUCUUCGGGCUCGCGCAGCUUUGACGGCACUGUCGCACGGCCCAAGCUGCGCUCAUACAAAUCGCACUUCAAGCAACGCUACCUGGUCGAAGCGGCCUGGAGGUCUGGCGGGACAAGCGUCCACAGGAACAUCACCCAAGAAGGCGGCGUCGUGACUAGCUUGCAUCUGACGCCCAAGUACAUCAUCGUGGCUCUAGAUAAUGCCAAGAUCCACGUUUUCGACACAAAGGGCGACUCACAACGAAUAUUGCAAGGGCACGUUAUGGGUGUCUGGGCCAUGGUCCCGUGGGAAGACACCAUGGUCAGUGGCGGCUGCGACCGCGAUGUCCGUGUAUGGGAUCUGAAAACUGGGGCUUGCUUGCACACUCUACGGGGACAUACGUCGACAGUGCGAUGCCUCAAAAUGGCGGACGCUAACACGGCCAUCUCUGGCUCCCGAGACACAACUCUCCGCAUCUGGGACAUCCGCACCGGCCUAUGCAGAAAUGUCCUCGUUGGGCAUCAGUCUAGCGUUCGAUGUUUGGAGAUCAAAGGCGACAUUGUCGUUUCCGGAAGCUAUGAUACCUUUGCCCGGGUCUGGAGCAUCUCCGAAGGCCGUUGUCUCCAGACGCUACAGGGCCAUUUCAGCCAAAUCUACGCCAUUGCCUUCGAUGGCAAGAGAGUAGUGACCGGCAGCCUGGACACCAACGUGAGGGUCUGGGACCCGACCACUGGGGAGUGUCUCGCUAUUCUACAGGGUCAUACAUCCUUGGUGGGCCAGCUGCAGAUGCGCGGCGACACGUUGGUGACUGGAGGAUCGGACGGAUCUGUACGAGUCUGGUCACUGGAGAAGAUGUGCCCAAUCCACCGCCUCGCCGCACAUGACAACAGUGUCACAAGCCUACAGUUUGACGAUACACGAGUUGUGAGCGGUGGCAGCGAUGGUCGAGUUAAGAUUUGGGAUCUCAAGACAGGGCACCUCGUCCGGGAGCUCAUUGCUCAAGGCGAGGCUGUGUGGCGAGUAGCCUUUGAGGACGAGAAGUGCGUGGCAUUGGCGUUGCGACACGGCCGGACCGUGAUGGAGGUUUGGUCAUUCUCCCCCCCAGAAGAGAUGCUCUACGACCGACCACUCUCGCUUCAACAGCGCGUCCUCGAGGACAACCCGACGCGGCCAUUGAGCGCCAUGGCGCUGGACUACCGUGCAGGCGAACCUGCCAUCGCCGAGUCGAGCCGGGCGUCUUCGGCACAGGAUGUCGACAUGCAGGAUGCUGGCCCUUCGACGGCACCGCUACAAGGCGGAAACAAGACAUUCUUCCACGACGACUAG